AAAAAUGGAAACCACCAGCAGUGUGAGGAGACCUGAAAGUGGCACAUGGCAGAGUGUGGCGAUAGAGACAGCAGCAAUGGGAGGCCGUACAGGGACCCAUGACACACUCUGGACCUGGCAGCAGCAUGAGGAGGCGGUACAGGGGCCCAUGGCAGAUUACGGGCCUGGCAGCAGCAUGAGGAGUCGGCCCGUAAUCUGCCAGCCAACCUUUGUAUGUCAAAAAAUUCUAUCACACCAGCAGUGUGUGAGACCUGAAAGUGGUCAUGGCAGAGUGUGGCGAUGGAGACUGCAGCAAUGGGAGGUCGUACAGGGACCAUGAGAGGGGACUCGGACUUGGCAGCACAUGA